UACCCGUGUCGUGUUUAUAAAACCCACCGGCGUGUUUAUGACUUUAUCUAUACUUUUUACACGCCUCCAGAGUGGGUUUUAUGCACCGAGUACUGCAGCAGAAUCGUUUCACGUGAAACGCGCGCAUUCGCAGGUCUGAACGUUUCGACCGUACAUCGUUCAUCAUAAUUCGUAACUAAUAUGAUGCGCUCAUACUAAUCAUAAUCUAAAAUUAGUAUAUGAUUGCUGCGUACGCUAAUGAGUGGACUCGUUAGAAAAUUAUGAAGUUCCCCUCCGGUUUUAGCAUACUCGCGUAAGUACCUACACAAGUAAAUAUAUGUAUAAUUGCCACCAAACACCCCGGGCCUUACACAUCGAUCAACCGGUUUUCAUGCCGUAGUUAGAGUCGAGAUAAUAUUAGUGAAGGAUGACGUUGAGAAUUUGAUUUCGUCUAAAUCGGUUUGAACGCGGAAACGGAAAACGGUCCGUGCGUUCAAGGCCGUCAAUAGUGAUACUUAGCCCGUUAGUGUUAUUAUUAUAAUACUAUUAGACGUAAUUCAGCAACUCGGCGUCAAUGCGUUUCGCGAACAAUUUCGGAAAAUCAUUCGGCGAAUAUUCGACCGACGCGGACGACGAUAAUACUAUUUCGGCCGGCUCCUCCGCGCGGACAUUACAUUCAUUUAUCUCGGUAUCCUAUCCGACCCGACGGCAAAAGCCAUGUGCAGCUUGUCACUUCGCGCGAUCUCGCUGACGGUGGCCGUGUUGUACGCGUGGACGGCCGCGCCGGUCGCGGACACAGCCCGAGUGUUGGCCGUCGAAACGAUGUGUGGCAAAAGCCACUGGAACUUCAUGAGCUCGGUACUCCGAGCGCUCACGGACGCCGGACACUCGGUGACCGUUUUCACGCCGUUCCCGGAGGGCGACCGGGAAAACUACACCGAGUUGGACACGUCCGCCGGGUUCCCGUCCACAGGCGACCAAGACGUGACAAUGAUGUUGAAAAACUUCAGCGACCCGUACAAGUUCGUCCGCACCUUUUCGACGGUAAGCAAAUGGAUUUGCAAAGCGAUCUACGACGACGAUCGGCUGGCCGCGAUUAUGCGUGACGGCGGCAUGGGCGGCCUGCCGUUCGACGUGCUCAUCAUCGAGCCCGUAUUGGGCGUCGACUGCGUGUCACACAUUGCCGCGGCGUUACACUUGCCCGCUAUAUACGUCAUCCCUUCGCCGAUGAUCACGUUCGAAGAGCCCAAGUUUACCGGGUACGUGUCGAACCCGGCGUACGUGUCUCAUCUGAUGGCCCGACACGCCGUGCCCGGCACGUUUGUCCAGAGGCUAUCCAACAUCGUCUUGUCCGUCUAUACCGCGGUUACGAUCAACUAUAACGAUUGGUCGGAGAAAACCCGCGAUCCUAGGCCCUACCAUUUAUCUCCGCCGGUCGGCCCGUCCAUCAUAUUCCAGAACAGCCAUUACAUCACCGAAGCGGCCAGGCCCGUGCCGCCUAACGUCAUCGAUGUAGGCGGUAUUCAUUUGAGACCGGCGAAAAGUUUACCGAAAGUAAGUGACGGUCCACAUUUUGUUAUUAUAGGAAAAAUCGCCUACCCGCUAUAGUUACAUUUUCUUCUGCCCCUCCCACCGGGUUUGAAAAAAUGAUAAAUUUAACGCUAUAAUCAACGCGAGCGUGGAUUUCUUCUCAUUUCACGUAUUUAUCGCGAUAAUUUUAAUACUAUUUACGUAGCGCUCAUCAUACGUACACAUACACACACACACACACACAAACCAUUGCUAACGAGAAAAUGACUCUGAGCGGAGUUCGGUUGCUCUGUCAACAGUAUAUUAUAUGCCGCAUUAUAGUAAAAUUAUUAAAUAUUAUCUUUAAUAACAUUCGCUUAAUAUUCUACCUGUUUUCCUGUUUCCCCUACGUUUUUCCCGUUUGUAGGGAAAAAUUCUGGGACAAUUAUAGAAUGGCCUCCCUAAAGUACUUUCCCAUUCCGGUUUCCUUUUUAGAAAAAACGCUACCAUUGUAAAUCGGAGCGAAAAUGCUGGUGGAAAAGUUGUCCAAAGAAAAAAAAAACCAAUACAUUACUCGCUCCGCUCAGUAUCUAAAAUAUAUAUUAUUUGAUUUUAUUGAAAGGGUUCCGAAGUACACACACGCAAGCAAAUAAUACGGUAAACGCACUUCUUUUUCGGAGGACAUGUUGAAUUAAAAAUUAAACCGCGAUAUGCGUUUGCCACGGUUCUAAAUAAUUCAACCGGGUAAACGAUAAUCCGAUCGAAGGUUCGCGUCGUGACGUACCACACGACUCACAAUUUCGUCGGUAUCCUUGGCUAAUAUUCCGGUGCCAAUAUUCGUUUCGACGUUUCCAAACCGCUAACCCGCGCUCAAUCCCACUCUAUUAUUUAUUCGCGCGGUUUAAUAAUUAAUCUAACCUUUGCAUUUGCCCCGUUGUGAGCGACUCGUAUACAAUCAAUGUGUAUUAUUAACUCGUAUUCGAUACGUUGAAAAAAGUAUACACCUUUUAGUAGAUCUUACGGGCGCGACUAGACCACCAAUUUUGGGGUUGUUAAAACUAUAGACACAUCGCUGACCUGCGGGGGCAAUGCCCCACAAUCCCCUUAACAUGACUCCUACAAGCAGUAACCAUACAUUUACAUUUUUUUUUUUUUAAUAUUUCGUACAUUUUUUACUUUUUUUAAAAAUAUCUAGUGAACAUUAGAAAAAAAUGUAUUGGGUAUUUUCGGAGGUGCUAAUUUUAAAUUUGGGGUCGUUAAAGACCCCCUAAUACCCCCUAGUUGCGCCUAUGGCAUGCAGUCUUAACUAUCUAGUAUUGCAUUCGCCUAUAAUAGUCCUGUAACUUAUGUUUCACGCCAAAUUUCCGUAGGAUAUAAAAGACUUUAUCGAAGACUCGCCUCACGGAGUGAUAUACUUCACGUUUGGCUCGACCGUCAAGCUGUCGUCAUUGCCGGAUCACGUUGCAAAAGCGUUUGAAGAAGCGCUAGCGCAAGUUCCUCAGAAGGUUUUGUGGAAAUACGAAGGUGAAAUAAAACAUAAACAGAAAAACGUGAUGACGAGAAAAUGGUUUCCCCAAAGAGAAAUUCUCUGUAAGACAUUUUUUUCUAAUCCGAAAAAAAACGAUGUUUUAUUAUACGGUUUUUUUUAAAAAUUUUUAUAGUGCAUCCUAAAGUAAAACUGUUUAUUAGCCACGGCGGCAUUUCCGGAGUGUACGAGGCUGUAGACGCAGGUGUUCCCGUACUCGGUUUCCCGUUGUUUUACGACCAACCGAGAAACGUGGAAAAUUUGGUGCACAACGGCAUGGCGAUCUCGAUGGAUCUGUUGACAGUAACUAAAGACUCAUUGUUGAAAGCUAUUUCAGAACUUAUUAACGAUGAAAAGUGAGUCAGGUGAAACGUUGAAUGUCGAGUGUCAUAAUAAUAAUUGUAAUUUCUUUUGUUUUCUCGUGUAGAUAUACGAAAAAAGCCAAAACUAAUUCCGCGUUGUUCAAAGACCGUCCAAUGACACCGGCGCAAUCGGUGGCUUAUUGGACCGAGUACGUAAUUCGACGCCACGGGGCACCGCACUUGAAAUACCACAGUCACAAUAUCGCUUGGUAUCAAUACUUUCUUUUGGACGUAACUGCCACAGUGGCCGCGUUUGUUUUUUUCGCGGUAUUCGCGUUCUGCAAACUAUUAAACGUCGCGUUUAUGUACGUCACGAACAAAUCGCAAGUUAAAAUUAAAUCUCGAUAAUUCGUUUUUUCGGGACUUUUUCAAUAAUUAUCCGUAUGUCAUUCCUUAAUAUUGGUCCGCGAUCCGGUGCGGUGACAUCAUUUCUAAGGCAGUUUAUCGCUCGCCGUCCCGUUCACGAGUCGGUCGAUUAGAUGCCACCGCAGACGAAUAAUUAAGGAACGAACAUACGGUUAUAUAUUUACGUUUUCGACGUCCAUUUAUUUUUCGAUAUUUAAGAGUUUUGAGCCGUUGCAUUUUUUCCGUGACUAUCACUUCCGUAGAAUAUAAUAUAACGCUAUAACAAGAAGAAUUUAUAAUAUUUCAAAAUGAAAAAUAAAUGUAUAAAAAGAACACAAUAAUAAUAGUAACAAUUUCGCCCUUGACACGAUAUACUUCAAUAUGUUUACUGUAUGUACACAAUAUAGUUAAUUAACUAUGGAUAUUAUGAUAUACGGUUAAAGUUAAUUUAGAAUAUCACGCUGCAUCCGAGAAAGUCGGUAUUAAAUAUUAAUAUCAGUUCGUGGAACUGGAUGCAAUAUAUUGUCAUAAUUAAAAUCCACCUUAGCGUUAACGGGUGUUCGGUAUGCGGAUAUGGUACAAUCGAAAAACACGGUUCGCGGUUUCGCGUCAUAUUUUAUAUCGCCGUGAUUGAUAUUUUUGAUCGGCGCCACCGGGUUGCAUAUU